AUGUCGACCACGGCGAGCAUUGUUCCCUCCGGGACCAGGACCACGUCCUUGGUCGCAUCUCUCUUCUCGACGACCCUCGCGACCACUUCAUCGGCGAUUACUUCCGUAACUACCGCGCUGUCGACUCCUGCUGCAGAGACUACGACCUAUCUGGGGGAUGCGAGUCUUAACUCGCACGACUCGUCAAACUCGCCUUCUGUAUCAAACCUGCGAGAGCCUUUCUAUGCGACUACAGUGCCCAUGUGCUAUGCCUUGGCGGCCACGACUGUCACCUCAUACAUGCUCCUCAUCAUGCUCUUCAUUACCCCCAGAUCUUUCUUGGAUGGCGGCGUUGUUUAUCUCGGCCGCCGUUCUGGCUUCACUCACAGCUCAUCUGGAGGUGACAAUAUCGGUGGUCGGCCGUGGCUGCAAAAGGUUGCCGCCCUUACUGUGGCGGUUUCUCUGACUAUUGCGACUUGCGAUACAUUUCAUUUUCUGGCUGAGCAGUACAAAUUCGGCGCGCAAAAUGCCACCGUCUUGCAAACAGAAGUUAUGGGAAGCAUGGAGCUCAGGGUCAUCCGACUCGUGUCCAACUUUUUCCUGUGGCUGGCUCAGGCCCAAACACUGAUCCGCCUAUUCCCACGCCACAGAGAAAAAGUAAUUAUCAAAUGGGUGGCGUUUGCUCUCAUCACUCUCGAUCUCAUUUUUUCCGCCAUCAACAGUUUCAGGCGUGGUGGCGCCAACCAGAACUACAACCCCAUGGGCGGGGGAUUCACGCAUCCCAUUCCCGCGCUGAGUUACAUGUUCCAGCUACUCCUUGGUGUUUUAUAUGCGGCUUGGGUCAUAUAUUACGCGCUAAUGAAGAAGCGAUAUGCGUUUUACCACCCGCUGAUGAAGAACAUGUGCCUUUUGGCCAUUAUAUCACUAGCCGCCAUUCUCAUUCCUAUAGUUUUCUUCAUUCUUGAUAUAUCGAACCCUACAUUUGCACGCUGGGGCGACUACGUGAGAUGGGUUGGAGCGGCGGCUGCGAGUGUCAUCGUAUGGGAAUGGGUUGAACGAAUAGAGGCACUCGAGCGCGAGGAGAAGAGAGGAGGCGUUCUCGGCCGGGAAGUCUUUGAAGGAGAAGAGAUGCUUGAAGUGAGUGCUCUGGAUUAUCCAUGGGAUAGAAAGCGAAAACACCGGAAGGACGGCAGCUUUGGGGGGCUGGGAGGCAGUGGGAGAGGAGAUGACGAAAGCAGAGGCGCCAACGGCAAUGCGAAUGUUGGCGGCUUUGGAGGUCGAAACAGCCAUGGCCACAUGCAGUCCAAUGGACGGCCAAGCGUAUCAGCGAUUACCGGUCGACAACGCGGACAACGUCGCACUGCGGCACCAGGCCAGACUCCUGAGCAGAAUGCACAGCGAACGAUUGGGGACAUUUUCCGGCCUCAUUGGCCUGCACGGCCUGCAGCUGUCAUGACACCGGUCAGCAGGACGGAUACUCCCAGCGCCGCAAGCACGGUGUAUGCCGUUCGGUAUCAGCCCCCUUCGGAGACAACAGGCCGUACGCCGGAUCUCUUUGCUCGGACACCAGAAUUACAUGUUUCCCAUUCUGAGCAGCAACCACAUACGAGUACGAAUGCAAAUUCACAAUCACCACCUCAAUCGUCUCCGCAACAACAGUCUCAACUUUCCACUCCAGAAUUAAGCAGACAGGACAGCCCCCAAAAGUCUAGCCAGAUACGUGUGGAGAGCUCCUCGCCCAGACGGCAGAAGGCCCAUGGAGGACGGUCAUCCACAAACAGCACAGUGGAUUUAGAGGCAAAUUCACCGUUGCCGAGUCGGACGGACCGCUGGCGAGCACUGUCGCAGGCGCCCAGCCGCCGAUCACCAACGCGGCAGCGGCAGGCGCCUAGGCAAGAAGUGAGCCGACAUGACACAAUGGGAAGCCGAUGGGACAUCAAGUCAAGAUUGGAGAUGUUUGCAGCAAACCAAGCCGACAAGAUACGCGAAAAGUUGCGACCGACGACUGACACUGACAGCCUGCCGGUGACUUUUAUCCCGGCACCUCCGCGGCAAGGUGCUGCGCUCGAGCAAGUCCUAGAGGAAGAAGGCCUAAGUCGGCGGUCCACGUCGUCAGAUUCGGACGAUGAAGGACGACGGGACCAAGGUCAGGCAAGGCACAUGGGCGAGGGGCAGAAUGGCAAUUUGCGUGGUGCGUCAUCUACAGACUCGGUGAGCCCUCCUCUGUGGCCUGGAAUCAGACGGCGUCUGGUGACGUACGAGAACGACGACGAAUAUUCGUACACGGAUGAGUCUCUGGAGUCGAGCAGCGACGAAAACGUCGGAGAAGAUGAUUCGGCGGAGGAUUCUGGGCCCUCGAGAGGUGGAGGCGCCAACGAAUCAGGUCGAAGAGAAUAG